GAAAAUAAAGAACCUAAUUGUAAACAGGGAGCUACCUAGCAGAGAAAUUAUUUUCUCAAUAAUUUUUUGGAGUAAUAUCAUUCCAUGUUUCUGUAUUAAAAAAGUGAGUUAUUCACAGUAAACUUGCAUCACAAGCAGAUUCUUUCCUAACUGCAACCUGAUUAAGUAUAGAAAAUUUAUGAGGAAUCAUAAGUGAACGUCAUUACACUAGAGACAGGAGAUUCUAUAGAUGCUGAAUUAUGGAGAAAAAUAUAAACUGCUGGAAGAAUUUAGCAGAUCAGGGAGCAGCUGUGGAGGCAAAUGGAUGGUUAACAGUUCAGGUCGAGAGCCUACGUCAGGACUGAGGGUCAAAACGUUUGGAUAUUGCCUAAGUGUGGAGAGAGACAGACACUGAAGCAGGUUAACUGUUCACCGACUUUAAUGAGAACUGUGCAGGAUUUAAAGGAAAAGAAAAACAAUAAAUGCUAGCCAACGGGGCUGUUAACUAAAACUCUCAAACUGAAAGUUAAAAGCCAAUACUGUGGCUGGAACCAAUAAGUAAUAAUAAAAUGAAUAUCCCUCCUUGACAGCAUCAAUUGAAAUGGUAGUCUUCUUUCCUGGACAAGGAUGAGGGUAACAGGGAACGUGAAUGUUGCUGUGCUUUUGGUCAAGUCUCGACAAGGCGAGAAUGAAAAGAAGAGAGUUAAAUACUACCUUAAUGGAACACUAAUUAGCUGGAACAUUCAUUCCCAUGAAUGUGAUUAUCGAACCUGUUGUGCAGCCCCCCUCAGUGGGCACAUAGACCCUACAGCAGCAUCCAUGGUUGUGACAUUGAGAGUGUAAAGGGAAGAGAGCCAAUGUACAGAAGUGAAAAAAAGCAGUGAGAAGGAAGCUGGUUGGAGAUGAGUUGAACCAAAUGAAGGGAAGAUAGAGCCAGGUGAGGGAGGGGUGGAGGGGGAGUACUGAGAUAGAGGCUGUACGGUGGAAACAUGAGUAGGGGAAGAAAAGAAGUUUUUUUUAGGCAGACAGAGCUGGGCAGGUAGGAGGUAGGGAAGGGGAAGGGGGGAAGGGUAAAGACAGUGGUUGGUAGGUAGCAAGUGGAACCAGGAAAGACAGGGAUUAUGGAAGGAUGGAACCAAUUGGGAAAGGUGAGCCAAGAUAGAAGAAAGCAAGGUAAUGUAGGUAUGUGGGUGAUGGGUGGGAGGAUAAUGUGCCUAGGAAAUGAAGGAUUCAGAUGGAAAAGGUGAACGAAUUGAGGGAGACUCUGGGCGGGCUGGUGGAAGAAGGUAAGGGGAGUGGGUAACCUGAAAUCACCAUUUGGACCAGACGCUAAGUUUCGGAGGGCUUUUUACUAUGAGUGACCUUGUAUUUCACACUUGUUCUAGUCCUCACCCAGUGAUUGCUUAGAUGCACUUGCUUGGGAUAGCUGGUCAUUAUUUUUCCUUCCAAUCUUCGGACAUUGCAGGCAAAUUCAAUGCUGAGCAUCUGUAAAUUAUUUAUCUUUCUCUUUUAAAAUGAUUCAUUUUAACAUUUUUGUUGUUAAUGACUAGAGAAAGCAACAUUUUCCUCAUUCUGUUCAUUAUUAGGGCUUAUACUCUCCAUAAGAAAACCAAGUUAAUUUCCCACCCAAUCCUCCUUGAUUUCCAGGUGAUUCAAUUCAGUACAGCAGUGAUGAAGGGCAAUAGAUUACAGAUCCUUUCAUUACAAGACAAGCAGAUGUUUUUUAUGGUGCCUCUCAAAUGAUGAAAAGAUAAUUAUUAUGUGGGCAGGGCGACAUGUGAGUAACACACACAAAAUGCUGGAGGAACUCAGCAGGUCAGGCAGCAUUCAUGGAAAUGAACAGUCAACAUUCAUUCUGAGACCAUUCUUCAGGACUCAAAAGGAAGGGGGAAGAUGGCAGAAUAAAAAGGUGGGGGGAGGAGAAAGGGGAUAGCUAGAAGGUGAUGGGUGAAGCCAGGUGCGGUGGGAAAGGUAAAGGGCUGGAGAGGAAGGUAUCUGAUAGGAGAGGAGAGUGGACCAUAGGAGAAAGGGAAGGAGGAGGAGACCAAUUGGGAGGUUAAACAGGCAGGUGAGAAGAAAUAAGAAGCUAGAGUGGGCAAUAGAAGAAGAGGGGAGCGGGAGGGAAAUUUUCACCAGAAGAAGAAAUCGAUAUUUAUGUUUUUGGAUUGGAGGCUACCCAGAUAGAAUAUAAGGAGUUGCUCCUCCACCCUGAAGGGGCCUUCUUUGUGGCACAAGAGGAGGCCAGGAACCAACAUGUCGGUAUGGGAAUUAAAAUGUUUGGCCACCGGGAAGGUCCGCUUUUGGUGGAUGGAGCCAAGUGCUCAUUCAUUUCACAUAUUGUGCGUCAGUGUUUGGGAAGUCCUUUAUAAUCAACAAUGAUUGAUAAGGGAUGAGAAUUUCCCUUUAAACUUACUGUAGCAUUGAUACAUCCUGGCAAACUGGAUUCAGUCUGUGAAAUAACUUACCACUCUGGUUGAAGUUAACUAACAGUGACAGGGACUAAAUAAAAACACAAAAUGCUGGCAGAACUCAGCAGGCCAGACAGCAUCUAUGGGAGGAGGUGGUGACGAUGUUUCGGGCCAAAACCCUUCAUUGGGAGUGACAAGGACUUUACUAGUUUGCAGAAAUAAGGCAUCGGCAGGAUAAACUUACUGAGUUGUUAUGCAACAUGUUAUUUAGAGAGAGGGGGUUGGUCAGAUAUGCAAGCUGUUUUAGAGUUUUGGAUGACUGGCCUGAAAUAAAUCCACAUUUAGGGUCAUUAUUCAGUAACAGCAUUUAAAACAAUGUGCUUUGUAAAUAGUACAUUAACUCUUCUCCAUUGGUACAACUUGAACACAGCCAAAACACCUUCAAAUGAUUUACAACAGGAGAUUGUGAUGACAAAUUAUACGUUACAUUAUCUGUUAGUUGUUUGCUCUAAGCGGACUUAUUAGCCGCUGAUGUACAUACAGAUACAAAUGGAGAUAGGUUUCCUUAUUCUGUGCUUGUUUCUUGGACUUGCUUCUGCUCCAGUUUUGUGAGUUCUGAAGUGGCUGAUGAGAUCAUCAUAGCAACCACAGAUUCUUGCUCAGGUGGAGCAGGAGGUGCCUGAAAGGUUUGGUGGGUUCAUAGCUUGUGAAGUAAAUGGGACACAGAAUAUAAAACAGCUCAGGACCCUUCAGCCCAUUAUGUCUAUGCUGACCAUGAUUAAACUAAUUCCAUCCACCUACAUAGGAUCCAUGUCCCUCCAUUCUGUCUAAAUGGCAAUUAGAUGUCACUAUCAUAUUGGCUUCCAAUAUCACUCUUCUCCUCACCUUCAGAAAAGUGUUCCAAGCAUCUUCUGUUCUGUGUAAAAAAAAACUUGCCUCACACAUCUCUUCUAAAAUUUCCUCCAUUAAGCUUAAAUCUACCAGACAUUUCGAUGCUGGGUGAAAUAAAACUCUACCCUAUUGAUGUAUCUCAUAAUUUUAUACACUUCUAUCAGGUCUUCUCUCCACAGAAAAUAAUCAGAGUUCCUGCAGCAUUUUGUGUGUGUUACUCAAGCUUUCCAGCAUCUGCAGAAUCUCUCCCAUUUACGUUUUUAUUCUAUUUUUAAGGACAACAGGGCUCAAAUGGAAUCAAGGGAUAAGGACCUCAGGUGGAGGAGGAUGUGUAAUGAUCUUCAGGAACAGGAGUAGUCCAUGUGGCCCCUCAAGUCUGCCCCACUAAUCAAUCAUUACAACCUCAGUUUAAAGAUGACUCUGUUCUCUCUCUUUAUUUCCUUCAAUUGUCCCAUAGUUAAAUGACUCUCAAUCAUUGCCUUCAAUUUAUUGAAUGAUUCCACCUCAUUUCUUAGUUUUUCUUAGAGUCCUUGUGCAGGAUUACUUAAAGAUUAACUUGCAGGUAGAGUUGGUAUUGGGGAAGGCAAAUGCAAUGUUAGCAUUGAUUUUAAGAGGACUAGAAUAUAAGAGCAAGGAUAUGAUGCUGAGGCAUUACAAGGCAUUGGUCAGACUCCGCUUGGUAUAUUGUGAGCAGUUUUGGGCGCCUUGUGCUCUAAAAUGUGCUCGCAAUGGAGAGGGUCCAGACGAGAUUCACAGGAACAAUUCCAGGAAUGAAGGGUUAACAUAUGAGGAGUGUUUGAUGGUUCUGAGCCUGUACUUGCUGGAGUUUAGAAAAAUGAGGGGGAUCACAUUGAAACCUACUGAAUAUUCAAAGCCCUAGACAGAGUGGAUACCGAGAGGAUGUUUACUAUAGUGGGCAAGUCUAGGACUAGAGGGCACAGUCUCAGAAUAGAGGGACAUCCAUCUAGAACAGCGACGAGAAGAAAUUUCUUUAGUCAGAGUGUGAUGAAUCGGUGGAAUUUAUUGCCACAGUCAUAGAGGCCAAGUCAUUGAGUAUAUUUAAGGUAGAGGAUGAUAGGUUCUUGAUGAGUCAGGGCAUCAAAGAUUAUGGGAAGCGGGCCAGAGAAAGGGAUCGAGAGGGAUAAUAAAUCAGCUAAAAUGGAAUGGCAGAGCAGACGCGAUGGGCCGAGUGACCUAAUUCUGCUCCUAUGUCUUAUGAUCUAAAGAGCUCUCUGAGGUAGUGAAGUCCACAAUCACGACUUUGGUAGAGAAGAAAUUCUUCCUCACCUUUGAAGAAAUGGCAAACUUGAUUUGUCUUGUGGUGAGUAUACCCUUUCCUUCCUAUAUUCCUCAGUUUAUUAACAUCUCAUUCUUACCAAACAAUCCUUGAAUACUUGUUUCAGUGCUCCAUGGGAAUUAUACAUCACCGAGUUCGUUCGACACUAAAGUCUCCAACGAUCUACAGAUUUUAUAAGUCGGAAAAAAAUUAAAAAUCACCGAAAAAAUACAGAAUUUAAAAAAAAUUAUAAGAAGGGAAAGUUAACAACUUUGCAGCUGGUAGUAUAAAAACGAACGAGCUGCAUCUCUCAAGGUGCGACGCAGCGGCUGGUCAUAGGCAGCCCCCCACUGCUCGCCCAGCCCGUCUCCCGUGGACCGCAGUCAUGCAGUGACAGUGCCUGCGUGCAAAAGGUGACGUGCUUCAGCCGAUUGUAACGUCUGGCCAUUGUCCGGGUCAACGCCGACUGAUGGAGGAGCAGGAUCAGUAUGAGCAGGUUUAGGGUCGCCAGCCGAGUUCAUCAGGAACGCGGCCUGGAAUGCGCGUGCGUAUGUCAAGCAGAAACAGGUGCCCCCGGGACCUGCACAUUACACCCAGUUGAGUAGAAGGACGCACACUUGCUAUUAGAUGAUUAAUCAAAUCACAAAACCACAAUUAGCUCCUUCUCGCCCAGAAAUUCUGUUAUUUUCAACCGCUGUAAGGUUAGUCUGAACAGCUGUCUCCUACCGAGCUUUAUUUUUUAAAAAAAUCACAGUCCCGACCAAAUCCUUUCUUCAGAUUUGUUGAUGGGGGAGAUCCUCGAUGGCAAUUCCUGGCCCAGUGAUGCAGGUGGUGAUAUAAGGCCCUCUGUCUUGCGGCAGAGUAAAGAUGACGAAGAACUAUCAGAAACUAUAAAUGAUUCCCUUGGAAAUUCUGAGCAACAGGUAGAAGGAACUUCUCCGAAUGUACCAAGUUUGGCAGAUUGCAAUACUUCAAACUCUGCGAGAAUGGAAAAGAAGAAAAGGGAUGAUUCUCUAAUCAACAAGGAAAAGCAAAUAAAAUCUACUUCGAUUGUAACACACUCAGUGGGAACAGAAUCGUAUCCUGCGAAAGUUGCUCCUGCGACCAGCUGGUGGAACACAGGGAUGAGUAGCGCGGUCAAGAUCCGGAUGGAGGAGUCUGGUCGAGGGGCAGAUUCGCCUCUGACGGUUGGACAGCUCUUUAGCCUGGCGGUUGGAAAUUUCGGUCAGCGCAACGCUUUGGCUUUCAAAGUGGAUAAUCGGUGGGAAAAAUACACCUAUCAACAAUAUUACACUCAAUGCCGAACUGCUGCGAAAAGCUUUCUUAAGCUUGGACUGCAACGUUUCCAUGCAGUUGGCAUCCUAGGAUUCAACUCUCCAGAGUGGUUCAUCGCAAACUUAGGAACAAUUCUGGCAGGUGGCCUGGCUGUUGGGAUUUAUACAACAAAUUCUCCAGAAGCAUGCAUGUACGUGAUCCAGGACAGCAAUACCGAAGUUGUGUUGGUGGAAAAUUCUAAACAACUGCAGAAAAUCAUGGAGAUUAGAAAUGAGUUGCCUCACCUCAAGGCAAUUAUUCAGUACAAGCAUGAGGUGGAAGAACAGUAUCCUGGCCUUUAUACUUGGAAACAAUUCAUGGAACUUGGAAGCAGUGUCAGUGAAAUGGAACUGGCUGAAGUUAUUAACUCUCAGAAGGCUAAUCAAUGUUGCACCUUAAUCUACACGUCUGGAACUACAGGGGCACCCAAAGGAGUAAUGCUUAGCCAUGACAACUUAACCUGGACUGCCUUUGCAGCAGGAAAGGCAGCGGGACUUUCUUCUGAAAUUCCAGAAAGGGUUGUCAGUUUUCUUCCAUUGAGUCACAUUGCAGCACAGAUGAUGGAUAUAUGGAUUCCACUGAGGUUUGGAGCCACAACCUACUUUGCACAGCCAGACGCAUUGAAGAGUUCUUUAGUUGAAACUUUGAAAGAGGUACGCCCCACUGCCUUUUUAGGAGUACCACGUGUCUGGGAGAAAAUGGAAGAAAGAUUAAAAGAAACUGUUGCUAAAUCAUCAGCUCUGAGAAGAAAAAUAAUUGGCUGGGCAAAGGAUAAAGGCCUACAAGCAAGUUAUAAUCUUAUGAAUGGAAUUGAUUCAGUGCCUUGGGGAUAUACACUGGCAAAUAAGCUGGUGUUCCAGAAAGUUCAGAAUGCCCUGGGCCUGGACCAUUGUAGCCGGUGCCUCACUGCAGCUGCACCCAUCACUCAAGAUACACUGAAGUUCUUCUUGAGUCUUCGGAUCACAGUUUAUGAACUGUAUGGAAUGAGUGAGAGUAGUGGUCCACACACAGUCUCUUUUGCAGGAUCGUUUCGAGUGACCAGCUGUGGAAAGGAGGUGGAUGGCUGCAAGACUAAACUUGUAAAUCGAGAUGAAGAAGGUGUUGGAGAAGUGUGUUUCUGGGGAAGAAAUGUCUUCAUGGGAUACCUGAAUCUGGAGGAGCAAAGCAAAGAAGCUCUGGAUGAAGAGGGCUGGUUGCAUUCUGGAGAUUUGGGAAAAUUUGAUAAAGAUGGAUUCCUGUAUAUUACAGGCAGAAUAAAAGAGCUGAUAAUCACUGCUGGAGGAGAGAAUAUAGCUCCUGUCCCCAUUGAGGAGGCUGUUAAAAGCAAACUACCACUGAUCAGCAAUGCUAUGCUAAUUGGUGAUAAAAAGAAAUUCCUCUCCAUACUUCUCACUUUGAAAUGUAACAUAGACAAUGAAACAGGAGCUCCACUGGAUGAGCUGGCUCCAGCAGCUGUUGAUUUCUGCCGGAAACUUGGGUGUACAGUUACCAGUGUGAAGGAAUUUGUGGAAAAACAAGACCCCACGAUUGAGAAAGCGAUUCAGAAUGGAAUUGAUGCAGUGAAUAAAAAAGCCACAUCAAAUGCUCAGAAAAUCCAAAAGUGGCUAAUUUUGGCAAGAGACUUCUCCAUUCAUGGAGGAGAAUUGGGUCCAACACUGAAAGUGAAAAGGCCUGUUGUGGCGAGACUGUACAAAGAAGAGAUUGAUGGUUUUUAUACUGACUCGAAUCUUUUUUCUGCUGAUUAGAGUAUUAAAACAAUCUCGCUGUUUAAAAAUAAUAAAGUCUGGCAGAUUUUGUAAUAUUAAGUUCAACUAUAAAUUUUUGUACCUUCAAAUGAAUAAGAAUUGUAAUUAAUUUCACUGUUUAUAUAAUCUUUAUGUAUAGGAUGUGAUUUGACGGUGUAAAACCACUAAAUUGUAAUUUUGCAUUUUUGUUUAUACAUAAUCAGUUGAUUCUUGCUUUUAUUGAGAAUUAAACUGACCUGCUAAAUUUUAAUGUUUUAAAUAGUGCAAUCUGUGUGUACUGAGAGCAGUUCUCUGCUGUCUAGGUACUUGACAUGAACUAUGAGUAAGUCGAGCAACCAAGAGAAGUCUAUAUUUUUCACUUUGGCUUUUCGGAUAUCCUAAGCACUAAUUGCUGGGGUAUUUUGAAGUGAAUCCUAAAACUGCUACUUCAAUCAGUGCAACAAGCAUUGAAAUAUCUAGCUGAAGUUUUUUUUUGUAAAAAUGGUAAAUGUUAGAAAUAGGCACCAAGGAACUCUACACGGAACUAGGCCAUUCACCCCACCAUAUUCAUGCUGAUCACUGUUUAAUUAUAUCUAUUAAUCCCAUCUUCCAGCAUUUGACCAAUAUCCUUCAAUGCCAAUAUUAUUUUUAGAGUUUGUCUGAAUUCCUCAAGUGCUGCCAGCAAUUAUGUUUCCAUCACUCUCCCAGGCAGUGCAUUCCAAAGAUCUGCCACUCUGUGAAAAAGGUCCCACUCAGAAUCUAUAAAUGAAUUUACUUUUAUUUUCCUCUGAUAAGGAAACUUUUCCUCCUAAAUUUAUAUGCAUUAAUUUUUAUCUCCCUUUAAAUUUGCCUCCCUUAACAUUCUCUGUUUAUGUGAGAACAGGCUCAGUACCUCUGGUCUCUCGUCAUUACUAACACUUUCCAUUGAAGACAAGGGCCUGGUGAAUCUCCUCUGCACUAACCUUCCUGUGCUUGUAUUCAAUGCUCUAACUAUUGGACCUGAAUCCCAUGUGCUUAAGUAUAUUAUCUAUGCUGUCAACUUCAAGCAUAAGUACAGGCCAAGGUCUUUCUAUUCCUAGGACUUUACAAUUCAUGGUGUAUGAUGUGCCUCAUUAAUAUUCCCAAAAUGCAUCACCUCAUAUUUAACAGGACUACAUUCCAUCUGCCAUUCUCAGCCCAUUCACUGUCAACAAUUUCACCAAUCUUCAUGGCAUCUGUAAACUUAGAGAUCAUUCAUUCCUCCUUUAUCCAAAUUAUUCAUGUAGCAACACUAUUAGUCACAGGCAUCCAACCACAAGAAGGACUCUUUACAAUCAGCUUCAGUCUUGUCACCUUCAAAACUAACUUUGGAUCCAGUUUGCCCAAUGAUCCCAAGGACCCAACUGUUCGGACCUGUCUCCCAUGUAAACCACAUUUUCUGCACUGAAAAUGUGUACUGAGUACCUCCUAAAUCAGAUUAGUCAGACUAGACCUGCCCUCGACAAAUCCACGCUGACAAUUCCUGAUCAGUCGUUACAUUUCCAAGAUAUCACUAAUUCUGACCCUCAGAAUUUUUCCAAUCACUUCCACUGGUCUGUAAUUGCCAGGCUCUUCCCUGUGAAAAGGGCUGCUGUAAUACAUAAAAUUAAUUGCCGCUUACUUCUGAACAGAAACUUGCAUAAUUACACAACCAGUUUGGCAGAUUCAACAUGGGGCAACAUUGCCUGACCCAGAAAGGCUCUGGCACACAAGUUAUGCUGCAGUAAGCAUGGGAUUUGAAUUUUCUGCAUUGUCAAAUGGGAAAUUCCAACAAUAAUAUUAUUUUUGUAAAUCAACUUUGCACAUCUGUUACUAAUCCAUCUAGAAGCCAGUAGUUUUGCGGAAACGAUGAAUCUCACACUGAAAAGGCUGAUGAACUGAAUGGGGCCAAUGUGGAUGCACUUUAAAAAAAAGUGCUUGAAGAAUUUGCUAGAUUGAAUGUUGUUCUACCUCCAGUUCAGAAACCUGCAUUCAAUAGUACCUUGUCAUUUGUUUUUGCAAGCUUCAUACUGAGUCCAUAAUACCUCCACACUGUAAAAAUACCAUUCACUGUUGUGACAGGACUAUGGGACAGUGAUCCCAUUGUCCCAUGCCCUGGUUUGGAGAGAGCUACCAAGGCAAUAAUCAGAGGCUGCUGAGAGUAGGGCUGGCAUGAGUGUAAGCUAUGGCUUAGGACCAGAUUUGGCUGUUCUAUGUUUUGACAGACCACCAAACUGCUAUAAUCUCUCAUUGUCUGCCUAACAUCAACAUUUACAAGCUGCUGCAUCCAUGGCAUUGGUGGCUCACCAAACAGUGAGGUCACUUUAACCAUUUCACUGCUGCAGGAGCACCAGAGAAGUCAAUCCUCAACCAGGUUCCCAGCACAACAGCAGGGAAAGGUAUGUUUCUGACCCAACAGUGACAAACUGAAUCUCUCUUGUGAUAUAAUGACUCUUCUUACUUUCACUAGCAGUUCUGUUUCUGUUUCUGAACAUGAACACCAAGUAAGAUAUCAGUGAGUGUGGAAUUUUAGUCUUGAGUAGAUUUUUAAAACAAAUGUAUAAUUGCUUGGAAGAUUUGGGACUUUUUUUUGGUAGCCUAAAAUUCACCCUUAGACUACACCCUCUAUUCAGCUGGGAAUUACAUUUCUGAUUUGUACAAUUCUGGGUUGAUGGAGUAAGGCUGUAAUUUGAAUGUUAUUUUUGUUGUACAUAAUUACUGUUUUUAGAAGGUGGUAAUCUUAACGGGUCAUAAUGAUAACAUCUGUUUCAAUAAAAUAUUUUUAAAAGAAUGAA